AUGUCUGACGCGCAGGCUAACGAAGCGGAGAAGAAUAUUGAGAUAUGGAAGGUGAAGAAACUGAUUAAACGCCUCGAGGCUGCUCGUGGCAAUGGUACCUCUAUGAUUUCCCUGAUCAUCCCGCCAAAGGACCAAGUUUCCAGGGCCGCGAAGAUGUUGGCUGAAGAAUACGGUACCGCGUCGAAUAUUAAAUCUCGUGUCAAUCGUCAGUCCGUGCUGUCAGCCAUCACUUCGACUCAGCAGAGACUCAAGCUAUACAACAAGGUCCCUCCCAACGGCCUCGUGGUGUACUGUGGUGAAAUCUUGACCUCGGAAGGCAAGGAACGAAAGGUCAACAUCGACUUUGAGCCAUUCAAACCCAUCAACACCUCUCUCUACCUCUGCGACAACAAAUUUCAUACCGAGGCUCUUGCAGAGCUCCUUGAAUCUGAUCAGAAGUUUGGUUUUAUCAUCAUGGACGGAAACGGCGCUCUUUUCGGCACCCUGAGCGGCAACACCAGAGACAUUGUUCACAAGUUCUCUGUUGAUCUACCCAAGAAGCACGGUCGUGGUGGUCAGUCUGCGCUGCGUUUCGCCCGUCUGCGAGAAGAGAAACGUCACAACUAUGUUCGCAAGGUAGCCGAAUUGGCAGUGCAGAACUUCAUCACCAACGACAAGGUCAAUGUUGCCGGUAUAAUUCUUGCUGGUUCCGCUGAUUUCAAGAACGAUCUCAACGCUUCUGACAUGUUCGACGGCCGCCUUGCUUCCAAGGUUAUCAAGGUCGUCGAUGUGUCAUAUGGUGGCGAGAACGGAUUCAAUCAAGCCAUCGAGCUUUCUUCUGAGACACUCGGCAACGUCAAGUUUAUCCAAGAGAAGAAACUCAUUGGCAAGUAUUUUGAGGAAAUUAGUCAAGACACAGGACGCGUAUGCUACGGUAUUGAGGACACUCUCAAGGCACUGGAGCUCGGUGCCGUGGAGACACUCAUCGUGUUUGAGAAUCUCGAAAUCACGCGCUGGGUCCUCAAGGACAGCCAAGGUGCUGAAGUUAUCCUGCACACCACCAAGCAGCAGGAGACUGCCAACCGUGACAAGUUCAUGGACAAAGAAACUGGUCAGGAGAUGGAAGUUGUCUCUCAGGAAUCCUUCCUCGAGUGGAUCGCGGAACACUACAAGGAUUUCGGCACGACUCUUGAGUUUGUGUCUGACCGAUCGACAGAGGGUAACCAGUUCGUCAAGGGCUUUGGCGGCAUUGGUGGUAUUCUCCGCUACAAGGUCAACUUCGAACAGUUAGCUGAUAUCGAUGACGAUGAUGACUACUACGACGGUAGGUGCUGCAAGACUUUUGUUUUCGACAUGUGCUGA